GCAUCGCCAGAAGCUACCAAACGUAGACUAGAUAAUACUACAAUAAUGCAUCCAAGCAGUACGGAAGCAACUGAGUUCUCAAAUUGUCCAUGCUGCAGCUGCACGAAUAAGUGGUUCAGCUAAGGCUUGCGCCUGCCGGCGAGCGAACGGAGAUGGACAUGGUGGCGGCGACGCCGGCGGCGCACGUGCUCAUGUUCCCGUGCCCGGUGCACGGCCACAUCACCUGCAUGCUCCACUUCGCCACGGGCCUCCUCGCCGCUGGCCUCCACGUCACCUUCCUCCACAGCGACCACAACCUCCGCCGCGCCGCCGCCGCGUCGUCGCCGCGGCUCCGGUACGUGUCCAUCCCGGACGGGCUCCCCGUCGAACACCCACGCGACGUGGGCCGAAUCGUGGAGCUCAUGGAGUCGCUGAAGACCAAGGCCAGCGUCGCGUACCGCUCCCUGCUCGCUUCGCUGCUGCUGGGUGACGCUACCGGCGGGUUCCCUCCGGUGACCUGCGUCGUCGCCGAUGGCAUCAUGUCGUUCGCCGUGGACGUCGCCGAGGAGCUCGGCAUCCCGGCGCUCGCCUUUCGCACGGACAGCGCGUGCAGCUUCCUGGCGUACCUGUCCCUGCCCAGACUGCUGGAGCUAGGCGAGCUCCCUUUCAAGGACGGCGACGACCUCGACGAGCCGGUGCGCGGCGUUCCGGGCAUGGAGAGCUUCCUGCGCCGGCGAGAUCUACCAAGCCAGUGCCGGGAUUGCAGCGACCCCGACAACGACCCGCUGCUGCAGAUAGUGUACGGGUUCACGGCGCACAGCGGGAACGCACGGGCGCUCGUGCUAAACACGGCGGCGUCCAUGGAGCGGGCGGCGCUCGCGCAUAUCGCGCCUCACAUGCGCGACGUCUUCGCCAUCGGGCCUCUCCACGCCAUGUCCCCGACCGCGCCGGCCGCCGGCGGUAGCCUGUGGCGGGAAGACGACGGCUGCUUGGCGUGGCUGGACGGCCAGGCCGACGGGUCCGUCGUGUACGUCAGCUUGGGGAGCCUCACCGUCAUCUCGCUCGAGCAGUUCACGGAGUUCCUCCACGGGCUCGUCGCCGCCGGGUACCCAUUCCUCUGGGUGCUCCGGCCGGACAUGGUCGGCGCGAGCCAGAGCGCCGCCCUCCGCGAAGCCGUCGCGGCGGCCGGGAAAAGCAAGGCGCGCGUCGUGGAGUGGGCGCCGCAGCGGGGCGUGCUGCGCCACCGCGCCGUGGGGUGCUUCCUGACGCACGCCGGCUGGAACUCGACGCUGGAGGCCGCCGUCGAGGGCGUGCCGAUGGUGUGCUGGCCGUUCUUCACCGACCAGCAGAUCAACAGCCGGUUCGUGGGCGGCGUGUGGAGGACGGGGCUGGACAUGAAGGACGUGUGCGACGCCGCCGUUGUGGCGAGGAUGGUAAGGGAGGCGAUGGAGUCCGGCCAGAUCAGGGCGUCGGCUCAGGCGCUGGCGCGGGAGGUGAGGCGGGACGUCGCCGACGGUGGCUCGUCGACGGCGGAGUUCAAGCGGCUCGUGGAGUUCAUCGUGGAGCUGAGCACGACGGCGGUUGCAGCGAUCAAGGAUGAAGAGUACGUAGCUAGCUACGUAAAUAUAUGAUGAAUUCUGAAAUUUUCACAGUGUAAUACGAACAGCUUCUGUUUGUGUGGCGUUAAUUUGUUCUCAUUUUGGUUUCGAAUCCAUGUGUUUUGAUGUAAUCUUUCAAGCAAGUAAUGUAAUUACAUUACGGUAGGCUGCAGAUGAGCCUUGUCUUGGCUGUGAGGGAUUUGUUCCUUCCCUGACACAUCAAACUGUUCAGUUA